UCAUAAUUUGAAGAUUCUAUUUUUAAUUGAUCGUCAAGGUUGCUCCUCACGCCACCUUCCACUUGCAGGAUAAUUUUAAAUUGUAGGUUGGUAACCCCACAGUUAAAUAAAAUUUAAUUGGUGAGAUUUGACGUGUUUCGUUCGUGUUUGAUGCGCGCAUUGUUUUUUAAAGUAAAAGGACAUUUAUUCCGUCUUUAACUUCGUUCAGUGGCUGUGUUAUUUGCAAAACCAAUAUACAUUGAAGCUAAAACCAUUCUUUUUAAAUUUAUGAAUGUAUUGUUAAGUGCAUAAAAAGUAUCAUUAUAUUAUUUGUAUCGUGUUCUUCUUUGUUUCUUUUACGAUUCAUCGACGUAAUAGUCCAAAAUGCCUAUAUUAUUCAGUGUUGUUGCCCGAGGCACAGUGGUUUUAGCGAAAUUUGCAACAUGUGCGGGAAAUUUUACGGAAGUUACGGAACAACUGCUUUCCAAGAUACCGCCCCAUGAUGAUAAGUUGACAUACUCUCAUGGAAAUUAUCUGUUCCACUACAUUGCGGAAAACAAAUUGGUUUAUUUCUGUAUCACCGAUGAUAAAUUCCAACGUUCGAGAGCAUUCUUAUUCCUCAAUGAGAUCAAAAGAAGAUUUACGACGGCGUUCGGUGACACGGCUCAGACAGCUAUCCCUUAUGCUAUGAAUGGAGAGUUUGCACGAGUUCUGGAAACAGAGAUGAAACACUACAGUGACUCCAAAGAUCUUGACACCAUAUCAAGGGUUCACGGAGAGUUAGAUGAACUCAAGAAUAUCAUGGUCAAAAACAUAGAUAACAUGGCAAUGCGCGGCGAGAAAUUAGAAUUACUAGUGAAUAAGGCUGACAAUUUAGCGACAGGCUCCGUCUCAUACCGAACAACGUCAAGAACUCUGCAGAGGUCGCUAUUUUGGAAAAACGUGAAGAUGUACGUGAUAAUGGCGGGAGUCGCGGCUGUCGCGGUGUAUCUCAUCGGCGCCAUGGCUUGCGGUGGCCUUAAGUGGAGCAACUGUGUCGCCUAAACAGGCAAUUAUUACUGCAGAUAUCAAAUAUCAUCACUGAUAAACUUAAUACCGUUUUAUGAGACAAUUUUGACGAAUAGAUUGUUCUGCAUGAGUGAUGGUUCAAGCAUCAAUGACCAUAUAUAAAUGACUAAGCAUGGGCGAUAAUAAUACGCUCUAGAUGUCUUGAAAGAUGAUUUAAAUUAUUUUUUAUUUCAUUGAGACUUUGGCUGCCUGUAGUUGUAAAAAAAUGACAUCAAACUUUUUUAUUCAUUAUUAAUUAUUUCAUGCAAGGUUUUGCAUAUUGUAAAAUAUAAACCAAAAACUUAUCACGGGAAAAAUGUUUAGAACAUGAUUUAUCAAACUAAAAA